UUUUUUUUUUUUUUUUUUUUUUUGCGCAAAGCACACCGAUACACAGGAAUGGUUGCGUUCCAUUGCAUCUGGUCAAACGAUAUGAAAUUGGCAGUUUGUAUUCUUUAGCCCUCUCUCCUUUUUACUUAUAUACUUUCUCAUGUGAUGAGCAUGAUUUGUAAAAGCAAUAGUCUUUAUCACGUUAAAAAUUAGUGAGAGGGCUUCUCUUACUGUUCUCACCUGGGAUUGUGAAAAUGUCAGAGUUAGCAUGAAAUGUAAACGUUAGAGGCUCAUAGACACUUGCCUCCAUGUAUGUGAACUUGUUGAUUGCCCACAGCUGAAGAGAGAUUUGCUUUGUCAUUCUCUAACACACGCCUUUAACUCUCCACCAGGGGGCGCACUGACAGCAUCCCCAUUUCAUUUUUAAUUUAUCGGAGAUGAUUGUUUUCUAAAAGAUUGCUAAUAUGUCACCAUAGCUUUCUAACUCAUUUUUGUCUGGAUUAUGUAAAUAAUCUGCCAAUUUGAUUCAUUCCAUUGUUUAAAGAGGAGAACAGCUAAUUAAAAGACUUCUUUCUCAUACACAGUGUUUAUGAAUGUAUCCUUUUUAUAUACAGUGUAGUUAUGAAGACAAGGUAAUUCACUUCUUUUAAUAUUUUGUCUGCAAAAAAGAUUUUUAUUGACUCAAAGGCAAGAUAUCAGGAACAGAUGAAUCAAAACACAUUUACCUUUUGAGCAGGUAUACUGUAUACAGUAUUCUAUUUCAUUUCCUGUUAUGCAAUACUGUAGAACAGUUGGAGAGCAGAUAAGUUUUCAACUGUGAGCACUGACAGAUUGUGCUUUAUUGUAGCUCAUUUUGAAUGGAUGGUCUUAAACAUCCGUCCUGUUGUAAAACCAGUAAUUGGUACUGAGAAUCAUGUCUCUGGUAAGUCUUUGUCACCCAUAAAAAAUCAAAUAAAAAUUUCCCAGCUUGUAAAUGUAAGUGAUGGCCCUGUAUCUCACAUGCAUAUUUUAUGCCUGGAAACUAGUUUAAUUUCAAGUAACUCAUCUUGUUCAAGGCAGCAUUUACAGUAGAUAUUACUGUUUUAAUCUGACGUAAAAGGAUGGUUGAUCCAAAAAUUAAAAUUCUUUCAUCAUUUAUGAUAAGUGUGGGUGAGAAACAGAUUAUUUAAAUCCUUAUAUAGAUUAUAUAAAUCUCCACCUUUGACCACUCCUGGUGGUGAUAUGCAUGAAGAAUGCAAAUAACCAAACUAUAAAAGAAGAAUGUGUAAGUGAGAGUGGAGGUUUAUAGUAAAAAAAAAAAAAAAAAUUGAUCUCUGUCUCACCCACACCUAUCAUAUCCUGUCUGGAUUACUUUUAUGCUGACUUUAUGUGAUUUUUGGAGAUUCAGAUUUCUGGUCACCAUUCACUUGCAUUGAAUGGACCUACAGAGCUUUGAAAUGUAUGUUCUGCAGAAGAAAGUCAUACACAUCUGGGACAGCAAAAUGAGAAUUUAAAUUUUUGGGUGAACUAUCACUUUAAUUUACUUUUUUGAAGACGUAUACAGUAUAUGGCCUGAGUGGUGCUGUAUGUUGUCUCUGAAUAUUAUUGCUAUUUUCCUUGAACACAGCACUGAGUCUAAAAUAUAUCAGGGGCACCUUAACUUGGUGAAGAAAUAAAAAUAAAUAGCUAUUCAAAUAAAGAAUAAACUUUUAUUAUUUUAAAUAUAAUUUGUAUUUGUUAUAAAUAUGUAUGUCUGCCCUACUAUGUUGGUAGUCUCUCUUUGUGUAGGGGUAUGUUUUUUUGUUUUUUUUAAAGACCUAAUGAAUCCUUGGUUACUAUUUUCCAAUUGCAAGAAUGAAAGACCCCUCUGUGUGCACCAUGGACCUCCGCCCCGCCUCUUGGACGUGUCAGAUUAAGUGUAGGCAAAAACCUCACGCCUGGUCACAUUUGAGUCCAUAAAUCCCGAAAUCGUCUGUUCAUCGAGGUCGUUUUAUGAUAAGGUGCUAUAGAGCCAUCUCCGGUCCAGUUAUGUCGAAGAGCUGACUUGUAUUUUGGACUUUGAAACAGACUCUCAAAUAUAAACCUAGAAGUCUUGGACUACCACACACCUGCGCACACUCAUCAGCAGAGAUGGACACUUGGGCUUUUUUAACCAUUCUGCUUGCCUUUACGCAUUAUGUGUCAGGACAGAGUGCCAUAAGGUGGUGCGCUAUUUCCCCCGCGGAGGAGUCCAAAUGUAAAGCCAUGGCUCAGGCCUUCACAAACGCCGCAAUUCGGCCAUCACUGCGCUGUGUUCUGGCCUCAUCUAAAGCCGAAUGCGCUCAAAAACUCAACAAAAAUGAAGUUGAUGCUUUUUCAGCCAAUGUUAAAGACAUAUAUGACAUUGCUAAGCAAGCUAGCUUCAAAAUCGCAGCUGGAGAGUCUGCAGCAGAUGGGAAGGGAAUAACGUACUAUGCUGUUGCUGUGGUUAAAAGGACAAAUUCAGCCAUCAGCAUCAACAAUCUAAAGGGGAAGAAGUCUUGUCACACUGGCAAGCACCGCACUGUUGGCUGGAAUGUCCCUGUUGGGUAUUUGAUUGACAGUGGAAUGAUGUCUGCUAUGGGGUGUGACAUUCCUCAAGGGGUUGCUGACUUCUUUAACGCCAGCUGUGUCCCAGGGGCUAAGGACGACCCUGCGUCCCUGUGUCAGCUGUGUGUAGGAGACGGGUCAGGAAACUUUAAGUGUGAUGAAAACACCAAUGAGAAAUACUAUUCAUAUGAUGGGGCAUUCAGGUGCUUGGUUGAAGGUGCAGGGGAUGUUGCCUUUGUGAAGCACACCACUGUAGGCGAGAACACUGAUGGUAAAGGGGACUCAUGGACUCAAGGCUUGCACUCAGAUGACUAUCAGCUCCUUUGUCGGGACGGCACCCGCAGUCCAGUCAGUGAUUAUGAGAGAUGCCAUCUGGCUCGGGUGCCAUCAAGAGGCAUUGUUGUCCACACAGACAUCAGCAGUUCGGUGGUUUACAACAUGUUGCGUGAGGGACUGCAAAAGUCUGGGUUCUCCAUGUUCUCCUCGGCACCCUUCUUUGGGAACGACCUGUUGUUCAGUGAUGCUUCAACAACAUUUAUCUCAGCUGGAAAUGAAAACUAUAUUGAGUGGAUGGGCCGAAGUUACUAUGCCAUAUUAAGAGCUAUAGACUGCUCAGAGUCUGAUGUUCCCUCUCAUCUCACCUGGUGUGUCCUGUCUCAUGGAGAGCAGCAGAAAUGCGCAGACAUGGCCGUGGCUUUCAAAAGCAAAAAAAUUAUUCCUGAUAUUACGUGUCUCAACGGCAAAUCUGUGGAGGAUUGUAUGCAGAAAAUUAAAAACAAGGAAGCCGAUGCCAUCACUCUUGAUGGAGGCUAUAUCUACACAGCAGGAAAGAGUUUUGGGCUGAUACCUGCUGCUGGGGAGAGCUACACAGGAGACACUGAUGGCAGCAUUUAUUAUGCUGUAGCUGUGCUGAGGAAGAGCAACAGAGACAUCCAGAGACUCAGUGACCUCAAGAGUAAGCGCUCUUGUCACACAGGUUAUGGCAGGACUGCAGGCUGGAACAUUCCCAUGGGUGUGCUCAUAGAAAAAGGCAUCAUCAGACCACAGAAAUGCCAAUUGGCCCAAGCUGCUGGGGAGUUCUUUAAUUCUGCCUGUGUUCCUGGAGCCAAUCAGGAUGGUUUCCCCAGUAACCUGUGCGAGCAGUGCAUCGGAGACUCCAGUGGUCAAAACAAGUGUGUCAAGGGCAAGGAUCUGUAUGACGGUUACAAUGGAGCCUUCAGGUGCCUCGUUGAAGGUCAUGGUGAUGUGGCCUUUGUCAAACAUUCCACUGUUUUCCAGAACACAAAUGGAAACAAUACAGAGCCUUGGGCAGUAAACUUGGACUCCAAGGAGUUUCAGCUGCUUUGCUCACAGGAGUCUCGUGCUGAAGUCACUCAGUAUAGUAAGUGCAACCUGGCCCGUGUCCCCUCCCAUGCUGUUAUGGUACGACCCGAUAUAAACCACCACCUUGUCUUUGGUCUUCUGGACAAAGCUCAGAAAUUCUUUGGAGUUAAUACUGUCUCAGGAUUCAAAAUGUUUGACUCCAAAGCAUAUGAGGGAUCAGACCUGAUUUUCAAGGACUCAACCAUCUCUUUGAUUGGCGUGGGUGAGAAGAAGACUUACGAGGAGUGGCUUGGCCAAAGUUAUCUGGAUGCGGUGACGGCCAUGGAGUGCUCAGCGUCCUCAACAGUAUUUUCCUCAUCUUCCCUUUUACUGAUGAUCAUUGCGAGCUCCCUGGUGUCUCUGUUGGCUUUGUAGCAGGUCUGCCAGCCAUAACAGGGGCCUUCGGUGAUGUCAUCUUUUCCUGAAUCUGACCAUCUCACCCAUUCUAAUAUCUUUAGCAUUUCAUUGACUUAAGUUAAAAAUCAAGCUGCAAAAUCUAAAGCUACAAGAUUAAAUUAGGGAAAUGCACUAAGCAAUAAGUGGGCUAAAUUAUUUUUUAAUUAGAAUCAUAACAACUUGUUAUUUUCAAGACCAUCUGUAUUAUUUCUGAAUGCUGUGGGCAAUAGCCAUAUCAGUGCAUAUGCUUUGCCUGUUACAUAUUUAUUGCACAAUGUUUAUUGCCGCUUAUAAAGGCUACAUUUUAUUAUUUUAUGAGCUACUUGAAGGCACAGGCCAUAUCAGUGAAUAUGCUGUGUCUAGCAUUUAUCAUGUAACUGCAUACAGUAUGCACUUAAGUCGUACUACUGAGUGGAUUGGACUUAAUUGAUUGUUUUCCUCUCUUAUUCUCCCCAGACUGAAAGCAGAAGGAAAUAUAAUUUCUUUAGAAAGUUUUUAGAAAGUUUAUUUUCUUUAUUAUUAGUAUUUUCUUUGCUUUGUAUUCACAAAUCAACUGCAUACUGUUGCUUUUAAAAUAAAACAUAAAUGUUUUCAUCAAUCUGCUAAAUGGUCACUGAGAUGAACAAGACCUUGGAUUGUGAUACACUCAGCAAAACAUUGAUGGCAUACCUGGGGGGGGGGGGGGGUAAUACAUCUUUUCAUUGCCUGCGCUCUUUGUUCUGUUGCAACAUUGUCACAAACCCUUUGUUUGUACAUUCAGUUGGUAUUGUUCCAAUGCAAAUGUUCAAUCCAAUUUAUUAAAGUAUUUUUAAUGUCAAAUCAGGAACUUAACAAGUGCCUUUUGUCCAAAACCCAGUAAUCACAGCGGCACAAUGGAGUUCUAGCAGAUGAAUUACCGUUACAUAAUAUAUCACUUCUCACUGGACUACUGCUAUAGAUUAUAUAGAUUACUGAUAUUCCCUUCAGCUUGCUUUGUUUUCACUGCAGUGUGCACUUUCGGUGACUGUUUUAUUACAGUAUGACUUAUAAUUGUAUGUGUUUCUAUGAGAGAUUUAUUUUUAUAUGUUCAGAUACCAUAUCAGUGUAUAUGUGCUGACACAUUAUUGUCCUUCAUUAAUGCUUGCCUUUGUCUAUUUGUUGCAGUUUUUUCAAUGAAAUGAUUGAAAUGUAACUAAUAUUUAGUUGCCAGGCCAGUGCGUCUGCUCAAGUAUUACCACAUACUGCCUACAUAGGCUUCUGUUCUUUUAAAUAAACAAGCAUCAUAAAAUA